ACUUCAAGGUGUUUAAGGAGUAGCUGAUUCAGAUUUCAGAUGCAUUAUAAUUAGUAUGUGACUUUGCGUUUGCGCAGUGGCGGCAUAGAACACGACGCUGCUCCGAUUCUCCAAAGUCCAAAUGACACACAGCGUUGUCGUCCCGUCUGUCUCGUAAAUUUUCUAUACUAUAACUUUUUUACUGAUCCGUAGUUCGUAGAUAAAUAGUGCAAAAUGGACCUCGGCAAAAUGCCCAACGAGAGGAAGCUGUACCUCUGCAAAUGUUACUUCUUCGCUGGAUUUGCUAUGCUUCCCUUUCUGUGGGCGGUGAAUGCCAUCUGGUUUGCUAAACAAGCGUUUGGUGUGCCACAUUUUGAAGAACAAAAACAAAUUAGGAAAUAUGUCACAUUUUCUGCUAUUGGAGCAUUGAUAUCAUUUGCAGCAUACUUGACAUGGAUUAUUAUGUUCCAAAUCCAUAGAGCAGAAUGGGGUGAAUUUGCAGACUCUAUUAGUUACAUUCUACCUGCUGGCAUUCCAUAAACUUGAAAACGAAAAAUAAUUAAAAAGUGAGAGUGACUGUGACUGUGUAAGAUAGAUUUUAAGGAUAAUGAAACAUUUUGAGUCAAAAAAGAAUUAUACAUUUAUUUUUAUAAUAAAUUGUCUAUAUAGUUUCGCUUAUCAUAGGCCAAUAAUGGUCGGAAUUUUUCCCGUUUCAUCUUGCUUUCAGAAAACGAUUUUUCACUAAAAUUACUCUCUUUUUUUUGUUUCCUGAGACAGUCUGUGAAUAAUGUAAUAUAAAAAAUACAUUUACAUUUAAAUAUACAUA